UAUUUUCUGUUCUAUACAGGUCCAAAAAUUUAUAGUUUUAAUUCUGCAAAUGAUUCUGGUGGUCCUGCAAAUCUGGAUAAAUCUAUUUUGAAAGUGGUGAUUAAUAACAAACUAGAGCAAAGAAUUAUUGGAGUCAUCAAUGAGCAUAAAAAGCAAAAUAAUGGCAAGGGAGUGAUUUCUGGAAGACUUACUGCCAAAAAAUUACAGGGUUUAUACAUGGCCCUGCAAGCGUUUUCCUUUAAGACGAAGGACAUUGAAGAUGCCAUGACCAGCACCCUCUUACACGGAGGGGACCUUCACUCGGCUCUGGACUGGCUCUGCUUGAACCUUUCCGAUGAUGCACUUCCUGAGGGAUUCAGUCAGGAAUUUGAAGAGCAGCAACCUAAAAGUAGGCCAAAGUUCCAGCCUCCUCCAGCCCCAGCCACUGCUUCACCUCCAUUGCAGCCUAAAACCAGGAAACAGGAAGAGGAGCCUAAGACUAAGCCAAAAAAGGAAGAAAAAAAUAAGGAAGUGAAUAUGAAAGAAUGGAUUUUGCGGUAUGCGGAACAACAGAGCGAAGAAAAGAGUGAAAGUUCCGAAGGUUCAGAACAGGAGGAAAAAUUUGACCCUAAUGAAAGGUACCUGCACCUUGCAACAAAACUUCUGGAUGCAAAGGAGCAAGCAGCUACCUGUAAACUAGAAAAAAACAAGCAAGGGCAAAAGGAGGCUCAAGAAAAGAUAAGGAAAUUCCAAAGAGAAAUGGAAACUUUAGAAGACCAUCCAGUAUUCAAUCCAGCCAUAAAGACUUCACAUCAACAGAAUGAAAGGAAAAAGCCUCCUGUAGCUACAGAAGGGGAAGGUGCUUUGAACUUGAACUUAUUUGAAAAAUCUACAGCUGCUACUGAAGAAGAGAAAGAGAAAAAAAAAGAAGCUCACGAUGUAAGAAAUUUUGACUACACUGCUCGAAGCUGGACGGGAAAAUCUCCCAAACAGUUUCUCAUCGAUUGGGUCAGGAAGAAUCUUCCCAAGAGUCCAAACCCUUCCUUUGAGAAAGUUCCAGUAGGUAGAUACUGGAAAUGUAGGGUAAGGGUGAUCAGGUCUGAAGAUGACGUGCUGGUGGUAUGCCCUACAAUCUUGACGGAGGAUGGCAUGCAGGCUCAGCACCUGGGGGCCACGUUAGCUCUCUAUCGUCUGGUGAAAGGGCAGGCAGUUCAUCAGUUACUUCCCCCAACCUACCGAGCUGUGUGGCUGGAGUGGAGUGAUGCAGAAAAGAAAAAGGAAGAAUUAAAUAAGAUGGAAACCAAUAAGCCACGUGAUCUUUUUAUUGCCAAACUUCUGAAUAAAGUAAAGCAGCAGCUUCAGCAGCAACAGCAGGACUGUGAAAAUAAGAGAGAGAACUCUGAGGAUCCUGAGGAGUCCUGGGAAAAUUUAGUUUCCGAUGAGGAUUUUUCUGCACUGUCCUUGGAAUCAGAAAAGGCAGAAGAUUUGGAACCUGUUAGAAACCUCUUUAGAAAGCUGCAAAGCACACCUAAGUACCAGAGGCUUCUAAAGGAAAGACAACAGUUACCUGUGUUCAAACACAGGAAUUCAAUUGUUGAAACUCUCAAACGUCACCGGGUCGUGGUUGUAGCAGGUGAAACUGGGAGCGGUAAGAGUACUCAGGUUCCACAUUUUCUCUUGGAGGAUUUGCUUCUAAAUGAGCCGGGGACAAGUAAAUGCAACAUUGUCUGUACCCAACCCCGGAGGAUCUCAGCAGUGAGUUUAGCCACAAGAGUAUGUGACGAAUUGGGCUGUGAAAAUGGACCUGGAGGAAGGAAUUCUCUGUGUGGAUAUCAGAUCCGGAUGGAGUCUCGGGCUAGUGAAGCCACCAGGUUACUCUAUUGCACAACAGGGGUUUUGCUAAGGAAACUUCAGGAAGACGGUCUCCUAACUAACGUGUCUCACGUGAUUGUAGAUGAGGUCCAUGAGAGAAGUGUCCAGUCUGACUUCUUACUGGUCAUCCUGAAGGAGAUACUACAGAAGCGCUCGGACCUACACCUAAUUCUAAUGAGCGCCACUGUCGACAGUGACAAGUUCUCCACGUACUUCACACACUGCCCUAUUCUCAGAAUCUCAGGAAGAAGUUACCCGGUUGAGGUUUUUCACCUUGAAGAUGUAAUAGAAGAGACAGGCUUUGUCUUGGAGGCCGACUCGGAAUAUUGCCAGAAGUUCCUGGAGGAGGAGGAGGAGGUGACCGUCAGUGUCACAGGCAGAGCCGGCGGGGUUAAAAAGCACCAGGAAUACAUCCCGGUUCAGACUGGAGCAGGUGCUGAUUUAAAUCCAUUUUACCAGAAGUACAGCAGCCGCACCCAGCAUGCUCUCCUCUAUAUGAACCCCCAUAAAAUCAACCUGGACCUCAUUCUGGAACUUCUCGUGUAUCUAGACAGAAGUCCCCAGUUCAGAAAUAUUGAAGGAGCAGUGUUGAUCUUUUUACCCGGCCUUGCUCAUAUUCAGCAGUUGUAUGAUCUCCUCUCAACUGACAGAAAGUUUUCUUCUGAACGAUACAAAGUGAUAGCUCUGCAUUCUAUCCUUUCCACCCAAGAUCAAGCUGCAGCGUUCACGCUUCCUCCCCCAGGAGUCAGGAAGAUUGUUUUAGCAACAAACAUUGCAGAGACGGGCAUCACUAUCCCAGAUGUUGUGUUUGUAAUCGACACUGGGAGGACCAAGGAAAAUAAGUACCAUGAGAGCAGUCAGAUGAGCUCUUUGGUCGAGACGUUUGUCAGUAAGGCAAGUGCCCUGCAGCGCCAGGGCAGAGCCGGGCGGGUGCGUGACGGGGUCUGCUUCCGGAUGUACACACGAGAGAGAUUUGAAGGCUUUAUGGACUAUUCUGUCCCUGAAAUCUUACGUGUGCCUUUGGAGGAAUUAUGUCUUCAUAUUAUGAAAUGCAAUCUUGGAUCUCCUGAAGAUUUCCUCUCCAAAGCCUUAGACCCUCCUCAGCUUCAAGUUAUCAGCAAUGCAAUGAAUCUACUCCGAAAAAUUGGGGCUUGUGAACUAACCGAGCCUAAGCUAACCCCCUUGGGCCAGCACCUUGCAGCUUUGCCCGUGAAUGUCAAGAUAGGCAAGAUGCUCAUCUUUGGAGCCAUAUUUGGCUGCCUGGACCCAGUGGCCACACUCGCUGCAGUCAUGACAGAGAAGUCUCCCUUUACCACACCCAUGGGUCGGAAAGAUGAAGCGGAUCUUGCGAAGUCAGCUCUGGCUAUGGCAGAUUCCGACCACCUGACGAUCUACAAUGCGUACCUGGGAUGGAAGAAAGCGCGGCAAGAGGGAGGCUAUCGCUCUGAAAUAGCUUAUUGCCGGAGGAACUUUCUCAGUAGGACAUCACUGCUGACCCUAGAGGAUGUAAAGCAGGAGUUAAUCAAGUUGGUUAAGGCAGCAGGAUUUUCAUCACCCACCACUUCUAAUGGCUGGGAAGGAAGCAAGGCCUCACAGACCCUUACCUUCCAAGAUAUUGCCCUCCUUAAGGCUGUGCUGGCUGCAGGGCUCUCUGACAGCGUGGGGAAGAUCAUCUGCACCAAGUCAGUCGAUGUCACAGAAAAAGUGGCCUGCGUGGUGGAGACCGCCCAGGGCAAAGCACAGGUGCACCCGUCCUCAGUAAAUCGGGAUCUGCAGACCUACGGGUGGCUCUUAUACCAGGAGAAGAUCAGGUACGCCAGAGUGUACCUGCGGGAAACGACCCUGAUCAGCCCUUUCCCCAUCUUACUGUUCGGUGGGGACAUAGAGGUCCAGCACCGGGAGCGCCUCCUCUCCGUCGACGGCUGGAUCUACUUCCAGGCCCCGGUGAAGAUAGCCGUCAUUUUCAAGCAGCUGCGAGUUCUCAUCGAUUCUGUUCUCAGAAAAAAGCUUGAAAAUCCUAAGAUGUCCCUUGAAAAUGAUAAGAUUCUGCAGAUCAUUACGGAAUUGAUAAAAACAGAGAAUAUUAAUUGAAACUGAAAUUCAUGGUCAGCUGCUUUAAAAAUUGAGAAGACACAGCCGUGAAAUGAUGUGGGAAUGGACCAGCCAUCCAGUCUCUCGGUACUUAGAUGGUGGUACUCGCCUGACGGGGCGGGGGAAGCACAGCCUUUACACGCGUGGUUUUCUAGUCCUUUCUAAUGACGAGCACUCUCUGUAUUUGCCACUACAUUUACAAUAAAUUCUUUGGUACCACCCA